CAAGGCAAGUUUAUUUAUAUAGCACAUUUCAUACAUGAAUGCAAUUCAAAGUGCUUUACAAAAAAUAGAUCAAGAAUAAGAAAUAAAAAAAGAGGAAUACAAAGUGCAUCAAAGAAACAAUUUUAAAAGGCAUAAAAGCAUAAAAGAAGAUUAAUAAAAGAAAAAAUAAAGAUAAAAAUCUAAGUGCAAAGAAUCAUUCCUUCUGUCGUUGUCUUAUUAUUUCAGGAUUAAUACAAGAUUCAAUUUAAGGCAAUGGCGAACAUAAACGUUUUUAGCCUGUUUUUGAAAGUAGUAAGAGUUGGUGCAGAUCUAAGCUCUUCCGGAAGUUUGUUCCAACUGUGUGUGGCAUAAUAACUGAAUGCUGCUUCACCAUGUUUUGUUUUAACUCUGGGAACAGUUAGCAGACCGGCCCCAGAUGACCUAAGAGGCCUAGAGGGUUCAUAAGGUGGAAGCAAGUCAGAGAUAUAUUUUGGACCUACACCAUUUAGAGAUUUAUAAACGAGCAGCAGUAUUUUGAAGUCGAUUCUCUGACGUACUGGUAGCCAAUGCAGAGACCUGAGAAUGGGUGUAAUGUGUUCAACUUUCUUAGUCUUUGUUAGGACUCUGGCAGCGGCAUUCUGAAUAAGUUGUAGCUGUCGAAGUGCUUUUUUGGGGAGACCUGAAAAAAGACUAUUACAAUAGUCUAACCUACUGGAGAUGAAGGCGUGAAUUAGUUUUUCUAAAUCUUGUUUGGACAUAAAUCCUCUAAUUCUUGCUAUAUUUUUUAGAUGGUAAUAGGCUGAUUUUGUUAUUGAUUUGAUGUGGGUAUUAAAAUUCAGAUCCGAAUCAAUUAUAACACCUACAUUUUUGACACACACACACGCCUAUAUCUGUCAUUUACUCUGUUUGCACACACACACACACACGCCUAUAUCUGUCGUUUACUCUGUUUGCACACACACACACACACACACACUCCUCUGCUGACAGACAAAAGGGAAGGAAGUGUUUGUUAAUGCACAAUCCGCUGAUGGCUGGCACAGUGUUUCCUGUUCUAAUGACCUCGUGUCCACCAUGUAAUCCCGCUGUGUGUUGGGAUAUUGUCUGUAACGUGUGAAUCAACCAUUCAUGCGGAUUUGGUGAACUUUGACUGCUGGCAAAUAAUUAGCUGUGAAGGGAAAUGACCAGAGUGCCUCGGUGUCUUGGUGCGCGACUCUUGCACCUUCCGCCAAAAAAAGUUCCUCGUUUGUUUGUGAAAACAUUCUUUGGCAAUAAACCUGUUUCUGAUUCUGAUUCUGAUUCUGAUUUAACCAAAUACCAACCUGUUAAUCUGUCUGUGGCUAUAACUGGAGCCCUGUGGUGUGCACAGGCUCCCUCAGAUGAUUUGUAGACGGUCGUUUGCUGCCACCUGCUGGAGAGAGAAGUCAAGAGGCCAAGGGGCUAUUUACAUUUAAAUUGUUAAUUAUUUUUCUUCUUAUUCUGAUUUUUAUUUGUGUACAUUUUACGCAUAUUGGGAGGAUGUAAUAUACGCUUCGGGAGAAGAAGGGAGGGAGGGAAGGAAGCUUCGUAACUUCUCCUUCCGCUUCGCUACGAUCCCGUGGUCCGGUGUUACGGUUUAACAGGCGACCCUGUUAACUGGUGACUUUUCCAGCCCUUUUCAUUUCGAAAUACAGUGUCAAACCCUCCAAUAUACAUACUAAUAUUUUGCUACGAUAUAAAUUAAACAGUGCGGCAUUCACGAGGGACGGUACGUGUUCUCUUCCUAUUUUCAACGGCUUUCUGGAACUACAACGACGGACGCGGUAGGUUCAAAGUCGCCAGUUAACACGGUCGCUUCUUAAACCGUAACACCGGAAACGCCUCCAAGACCAGCCUGCUCACGUCGGCGGCAUAUACCUCCAGGCUCUCGCCUAGGCUGGCUCUGAAGCGGUCCAUAAACUGUCUAUGUCCAAAUGCCAUGCCGAGUCUCUCAUUAACAGCAGCAUUAUCCGAUUUACUUUAUCCGGUGUUACGGUUUAAGAAGUGACCGUGUUAACUGGUGACUUUGAACCGAACGAGUCCGCGGUUGUAGUUACAGACAGCUGUUGAAAAUAGGAAGAGAACACGUAGCUGCCCUUGUGAAUACCACAUUGUUUGAUUGUAUAGUAUAUAUUAUUAUGUAUUUGAGAGGGUUUGACACUAUUACAAAAUUAAACAUUCUAAGCGGCACAUACGUGUUCUCUGCCCACACAUCUGGCGCACCCCGUACUCAUAAUCGAGCACACCCUAGAAAUACCAGAAAGACGGGCUUGACGCUCAACCAAUCAGUGUUGGCCGAAAGCAAACGAGCUGCCGCCGAUUGGCUGAAAUCACAGUCGCUCAAACGUCACAACACUGACACUUCCGCGUUGCCAAAUUUCAACCAGAGGCUUUUUGAAUGAUUCGUGUGAUUCCUGUGCUGCUCUCAAACUGAGAAUACAGAUUCGUUUCCAGGUUUUUCAGCUCGUUGGGUGUCACGUGAGAUAACCAGCUGACUGCUGAGGUAAAGAGAGAUGCAGGCAAUAAGAAAUGUCUUCCGUGCGGCCUGGUCCUCCGCGGAGAGGCUCGAGGGCCGGACGGUCCUCAUCACCGGGGCCAACACCGGCAUCGGCAAGGAGACCGCCAUCGACCUGGCGAAGAGAGGGGCAAAGGUCAUCAUGGCGUGCAGGGACAUGGACCGAGCUCAGGCCGCCGUGAAGGAAGUCAUUGAACUCUCAGGCAGCGAAAAUGUCGUGUGCAUGAAACUGGACUUGGCCGACAGCAAGUCGAUUCGAGAAUUCGCCGAAGCCAUCAACAAAGGAGAGCCCAAGCUCAACAUCCUCAUCAACAACGCCGGCGUGAUGGUCUGUCCUUAUGGGAAAACUGCAGACGGCUUCGAGAUGCAGAUCGGGGUCAACCACUUCGGUCACUUCCUGUUGACGAACCUGUUGAUCGACCUGAUUAAGCGAUCGGCGCCGGCCCGCAUCGUCACGGUGUCCUCCAUGGCUCACUCCUGGGGCUCCAUCAACCUGGAGGACAUCAACAGCGAGAAGGUUUACGACAAGAAGGGCGCCUACUCCCAGAGCAAGCUCGCCAACGUCCUCUUCACCCGCUCGCUGGCCGGCAAACUGGAAGGCACCGGCGUGACGACGUAUUCCCUCCACCCCGGAGUCGUGCAGACGGACCUGUGGCGCCACCUGAGCGGCCCGCAGCAGUUUAUGAUGAAGAUGGUGAGCCCCUUCACCAAGAGCUCCUCCCAGGGAGCCCAGACCAGCAUUUACUGCGCCGUGGAGCCGUCGCUGGCGAAGGAGAGCGGCGGAUACUACAGCGACUGCGCUCCGGCCAGCUGCUCCGCGGCCGGGAAAGACGACGUCCUGGCGCAGAAGUUCUGGGACCUGAGCUGCGAGAUGCUGUCGGUGACGUGGGAAUGAGGCGCAGUGGGAAUAGAUAGUGGGAAUGAGGCUGGGUGGGAAUAGAUAGUGGGAAUAGAUAGUGGGAAUGAGGCUGGGUGGGAAUAGAUAGUGGGAAUGAGGCUGGGUGGGAAUAGAUAGUGGGAAUGAGGCCGAGUGGGAAUAGAUAGUGGGAAUGAGGCUGAGUGGGAAUAGAUGGUGGGAAUGAGGCUGGGUGGGAAUAGAUAGUGGGAAUGAGGCUGAGUGGGAAUAGAUAGUGGAAAUGAGGCCGAGUGGGAAUAGAUCGUGGGAAUGAGGCCGAGUGGGAAUAGAUCGUGGGAAUGAGGCCGAGUGGGAAUAGAUCGUGGGAAUGAGGCUGGGUGGGAAUAGGUAGUGGGAAUGAGGCUGAGUGGGAAUAGAUGGUGGGAAUGAGGCUGGGUGGGAAUAGAUAGUGGAAAUGAGGCCGAGUGGGAAUAGAUAGUGGGAAUGAGGCUGAGUGGGAAUAGAUGGUGGGAAUGAGGCUGAGUGGGAAUAGAUGGUGGGAAUGAGGCUGGGUGGGAAUAGAUAGUGGGAAUGAGGCUGAGUGGGAAUAGAUGGUGGGAAUGAGGCUGGGUGGGAAUGAGGCUGAGUGGGAAUAGAUAGUGGGAAUGAGGCCGAGUGGGAAUAGAUGGUGGGAAUGAGGCUGAGUGGGAAUAGAUGGUGGGAAUGAGGCUGAGUGGGAAUAGAUGGUGGGAAUGAGGCUGGGUGGGAAUAGAUGGUGGGAAUGAGGCUGGGUGGGAAUAGAUAGUGGAAAUGAGGCCGAGUGGGAAUAGAUGGUGGGAAUCAGGCUGAGUGGGAAUAGAUGGUGGGAAUGAGGCUGGGUGGGAAUAGUUAGUGGGAAUGAGGCUGAGUGGGAAUAGUUAGUGGGAAUGAGGCUGAGUGGGAAUAGAUAGUGGGAAUGAGGCUGAGUGGGAAUGAGGUGCGGUGGGAAUGAGGCUGGGUGGGAAUAGAUAGUGGGAAUGAGGCUGAGUGGGAAUAGAUAGUGGGAAUGAGGCUGAGUGGGAAUGAGGUGCGGUGGGAAAGAGGCGAGAUGGGAAUGAGGCCGAGUGGGAAUAGAUAGUGGGAAUGAGGCCGAGUGGGAAUGAGGUGCGGUGGGAACGAGGCGAGAUGUGAAUGAGGCUGAGUAGGAAUAGAUAGUGGGAAUGAGGCGCAGUGGGAAUGGGGAGCGUGUCACCGACGCCGCGUUGGCGAAACAUUGAUAAAGUUACAUAUUCUUCCGGCACUUUUGAUGUUUCUUCCCAUACUAACGCGCUCACAGCACUUAUUUACAAGUAAAUUAUAUCAAGAUUGUGAUUCUAUUUUGAUAAAGUGAUUGCACUGAAUGCUUUUCUAUGCAUUUUUUUUUUUACAAUAGCUCUGGAGUAGAUGUCUGGAUGAAUGAUGAUUCAGAAAGUGUGUCACGUGACUACAGGAGUUUCCUCAUGUCGCUCAUGUUUGUCUGUGUUUUCUGGCAUUAAACACGGUUAUGAUCCAGA